AGCAAGGCUUCCUGAGCCGCCGCCUCAAGAGCUCCAUCAAACGCACCAAGAGCCAGCCCAAGCUCGACCGCACCAGCAGCUUCCGGCAGAUGCUGCCCCGGUUCCGCAGCGCCGACCACGACCGGGCCCGCCUCAUGCAGAGCUUCAAGGAGUCCCACUCGCACGAGUCGCUGCUGAGCCCCAGCAGCGCCGCCGAGGCCCUGGAGCUCAACCUGGACGAGGACUCGGUCAUCAAGGCCGUGCACAGCAGCAUCCUGGGCCAGGAGUUCUGCUUCGAGGUGACAACGGCGUCGGGCACCAAGUGCUUCGCCUGCCGCUCGGCUGCUGAACGUGACAAGUGGAUCGAGAACCUGCAGCGGGCGGUGAAGCCCAACAAGGACAACAGCCGCCGGGUGGACAACGUGCUCAAGCUGUGGGUGAUCGAGGCGCGCGACCUGCCCCCCAAGAAGCGCUACUACUGCGAGCUGUGCCUGGACGACAUCCUGUACGCGCGCACCACCAGCAAGGCGCGCGCCGACACCGUCUUCUGGGGCGAGCACUUCGAGUUCAACAACCUCCCGGCCGUGCGCGCCAUCCGCCUGCACCUCUACAAGGACACGGACAAGAAGCGCAAGAAGGACAAGAGCAACUACGUGGGCAUGGUGAGCAUCCCCAUCGCCAGCGUCACCGGGCGCCACUUCGCCGAGCAGUGGUACCCGUUGAGUCAACCGGGCGGCGGGAAGAGCAAGGCCGGGUGUCCGGCGCUGCGGGUCAAGAGCCGCUUCCAGACCAUGAGCAUCCUGCCCAUGGAGCUCUACAAGGAGUUCGCCGAGUACGUGACCAACAACUACCGCAUGUUGUGCGCCGUGCUGGAGCCCGUGCUGAGCGUGAAGAGCAAGGAGGAAGUGGCGUGCGCGCUCGUGCACAUCCUGCAGAGCACCGGCAAGGCCAAGGAUUUCCUGUCGGACAUGGCCAUGACGGAGGUGGAUCGGUUCAUGGACCGGGAGCACCUGAUCUUCCGGGAGAACACCCUCGCCACCAAAGCCAUAGAGGAGUACCUGAAGCUCAUCGGCCAGAAAUACCUCAAGGACGCCAUCGGCGAGUUCAUCCGGGCGCUCUACGAGUCGGAGGAGAACUGCGAGGUCGACCCCAUGAAGUGCUCGGCCUCCACCUUGGCCGACCACCAGGCCAACCUGCGCAUGUGCUGCGAGCUGGCGCUCUGCAAGGUGGUCAACUCGCACUGCGUGUUCCCGCGGGAGCUCAAGGAGGUCUUCGCCUCGUGGCGGCUGCGCUGCGCCGAGCGGGGCCGCGAGGACAUCGCCGACCGCCUCAUCAGCGCGUCGCUCUUCCUGCGCUUCCUGUGUCCCGCCGUGAUGUCCCCGAGCCUCUUCGGCCUCAUGCAGGAGUACCCCGACGAGCAGACCGCCCGCACCCUCACCCUCAUCGCCAAGGUCAUCCAGAACCUGGCCAACUUCACCAAGUUCGGCAGCAAGGAGGAGUACAUGGCCUUCAUGAACGAGUUCCUGGAGCUGGAGUGGGCCAGCAUGCAGCAGUUCCUCUACGAGAUCUCCAACCUGGACACCCUGACCAACAGCACCAGCUUCGAGGGCUACAUCGACCUGGGCCGCGAGCUCUCCACGCUGCACGCGCUGCUCUGGGAGGUCAUGUCCCAGCUGAGCAAGGAGGCGCUGCUGAAGCUGGGCCCGCUGCCGCGGCUGCUCACGGACAUCAGCGUGGCCCUGCGCAACCCGCACGUGCAGCGGCAGCCCAGCCACCCGGGCGAGCGGCGCGGGGCGCACUCCUACAUGGUGCGAGGGCUCAAUAGGCGGGUCGUGGCGGUGGGGGUGACCGUGGAGAUGGGCCCCAAGGGUGUCCUGGGCAUCCAGGACCUUCUGGAGCGGUUGUGUGUGUCACCUGCCUCGCAGACGCCGUCCACGCUGAACCCGGUGCUGCCGGCGGCCGAGCGCACGGUGGCCUGGGUGUCCAACAUGCCCCACCUGUCGGCCGACAUCGAGAGCUCGCACAUCGAGCGCGAGGAGUACAAGCUCAAGGAGUACUCCAAGUCCAUGGACGAGAGCCGGCUGGACCGGGUAAGGGGCUGCCCGCCCGGCGGCACCGGGCGCCGUGGGCCAAGGGAACCCAAGUGGCCAUGGUCCAAGAGAUCCAGGUGGCCAUGGCCCAGGAGAUCCGGGUGGCCAUGGUCAAGGGAACCCGAGUGUCCACGGCCCAAGAGAUCCAGGUGGCCACAAGUGGCCAUGGUCCAAGAGAUCCAGGUGGCCGUGGCCCAAGAGAACCAGGUGGCCAUGGUCAAGGGAACCCAAGUGUCCAUGGCCCAGUGGACCCAAGUGGCCAUAGUUCAAGAGUCCCCAGGUGUCCAUGGUCAAGGAAACCCAAGUGUCCAUGAUCCAAGAGACCCAAGUGUCCGUGGUCCAAGGGACCCAAGUGGCCAUGGUUCAAGAGAUCCAGGUGUCCAUAGUCCAAGAGAUCCAGGUGCCAUGGUCAAGGAAACCCAAGUGCCCAUGGUCCAAGGGACCCAAGUGGCCUUGGUCAAGGGGACCCAAGUGUCCAUGGUCCAAGAGAUCCAGGUGUCCACGGCCCAGGAGAUCCAGGUGGCCAUGGUCCAAGAGACCCAAAUGUCCAUGGUCCAAUGGACCCAAGUGGCCAUAGUCCAAGAGUCCCCAAGGACCCAGGUGUCCAUAGACCAAGGGACCGAAGCUGCCAUAGUCCAAGGGUCAGAAGUGUCCAUACUCCAAGAGGCCCAAGUGUCCAUGGUCAAGGGAACCCAAGUGACCGUGGUCCAAGGGACCCAAGUGGCCAUGGUCCAAGAGAUCCAGUUGGCCGUGGCCCAAGAGAACCAGGUGGCCAUGGUCAAGGGAACCCAAGUGUCCGUGGUCCAAUGGACCCAAGUGUCCAUAGUCCAAGAGGCCCAAGUGUCCAUGGUCAAGGGAACCCAAGUUGACUCCAGUGAAGCCUGGCCCCGCAGGCUGAUGCUGGUGGAGGAGGAGCUGCGCAGGGAUCACUUGGGCGCCCACGACGCCUCCGAGGGCCGCAAGCGCCUGCUCGACGCUCAGGUGGAAAUUACAAUGUCAUUGCUCUGCUCCGUGUGCCCAUGGCCCAUCCCACCGCGGCGCCCGCGCUGCCCACGGGGCGGGGGGACACGGGGUGGCCCUGCCGCCGAGGUGGCCUUCCUGGUGGGGGUCACCCAUAUGGGAGGUUAG